UGUUUUUCCGGAAUGGGGUGUGUAUUGUUACCAUCAGCUUGUGCACCCUUCAGCAUACUAAUUGUUUUGCUGCAUGAAGGAGGCUGUUACUUGUGUGUGUUGUAUUUUUGCAGCUGUUUUUCAUUAUUUAAGCUAAAAUCUGUGUUAAAAACACCCGGAAUGCUAUGCAGGUGUUCCAGGUCAGCAUCACUGUGUGCUUUUGAGAGUAGGGGGUGAGGAAUGCAUGCAUGUUUGUUUUCUAAUAGUCUCCAUCCAGCUCUUGAGGCCCCUAUUGUGACUGAAGUGGAACAGUUUUGGGGUAUUUUGACUCGAUGAUAACAUCCAUCUCCUCCAGACCCCAUGGGCCAUUCUGUCCACAGAUGCGGCACCUGAUAAGUUUGACAAACCUGUAACUGGAUGGUACACGUUGCUGUGGCUUAUCAGACUUUGACUCAUUUCAGUCUUCUUUUCUGAACACUCUAUCACCAGCAAUUUAGCCCGCAGUCACCUCAACGCUAGGCCAGGCAGCAUGGGGACGAACGGGCUAGACGAUCAGGCGCAGCCGUCUCGCGGGGUGUCCGCGAAGGAGCAGUCGGCCGCGGGUCUCCCGGACGAGCAGGGCGAUGGUGCCCAAGAGUCGGGGUGGAAGAAGGAUGAACAUUCAGCGGAGAGCGAGCGUCCACUCCCCCAGGAAGACAGCACCGUGCAAGUGAUCGAGACUGGGUGCAAGCCAAUCUCGUUCCCGGCUCUCGAAACUGACGCGGCAGAGAGCCGCGGCGGAGGAUUCGUGCCGCCCGAAGGAGGUUUUGGCUGGCUGGUGGUUUUGGCAGCCACCUGGUGCAAUGGGUCCAUUUUCGGUAUUCAGAACUCUUUUGGCAUCCUGCACAUGAUGUUGGUGAGGGAGCAUGCAGACCCCGAGGACAAGACGUCUCAGUUCAAAGUGGCCUGGGUCGGGGCUCUCGCCAUGGGGAUGAUUUUCUUCUGUUCACCGGUGGUCAGCAUGUUUACGGACCACUUUGGCUGUCGGAAAACUGCGGUCAGUGGGGCAAUCCUGGCAUUCAUCGGAUUGCUGAGUACAUCUUUUGCAAACUCCUUGAGCCUCCGCUAUUUCACUUAUGGAAUACUGUUUGGCUGUGGAUCCUCCUUCGCUUUCCAACCCUCUUUGGUUAUCCUUGGCCACUACUUUCGCCAGCGCCUGGGCCUUGCAAAUGGGGUGGUGACGGCAGGUGCCAGCCUCUUCUCCAUGGGUCUUCCGGUUUUGCUGAACAAAGUAGUGGAGCCGCUGGGACUCAGCAGAACCUUCCAGAUACUAAGCUUAUUUAUGCUUGUGCAAGCCUUACUGGCGCUAACAUUCAAGCCAUUGCUACCUGCUGGACCCUGCAUGGGACCAACUGGCCCUGCUAAGUCCCAUGUCCAGGCAGGGGCGACUCCUCCGAGCGGAAGCUGGUGGCAUAAGGUAUUGGCGGGGAUCAGAAAGUACUUCAACCUGCGAGUGUUUCACAUCCUCACUUACCGUGUGUGGGCAUUUGGAGUUGCUACGGCUGUACUGGGCUACUUUGUGCCUUAUGUCCAUCUGAUCAACUUUGUCGAGGAGCGGUUCAAGGGGGCCAAGAAGGAAUGGGUACUCCUUGUGUGUAUCGGAGCGUCAUCAGGAGUGGGACGCCUCACUUUCGGCAAAGUUGGGGACCUAAUUCCUGCUCUGAAGAAGAUCUACAUGCAGGUGGUGUCCUUCAUAGCCCUGGGCCUCAUGUCCAUUAUGAUCCCUCAAUGUUCCCUCUUUGAGGAACUUGUGGUUGUGUGUGUAUUCCUGGGACUGUGUGAUGGAUGCUUCCUUACCAUGAUGGCUCCCAUAGCGUUUGAGCUGGUUGGGCCCAUGCAGGCCUCGCAGGCCAUAGGAUACCUGUUAGGCCUUAUGUCUCUUCCAAUGACUGCAGGCCCACCCAUUGCAGGUCUUCUUCACGACUACUUUGGGGACUACAUAGUGGCCUUCUCUGCAGCUGGUGUGCCUCCCAUGAUUGGAGGGGUUGUUCUGUUCUUUGUACCCCUCAUACACCGCCGGCUGAAACGUGGGCAGACGGCAGCACCAGAAGAAACGUCCGCUCACAUGUUGCCCAAUGCCCAACCGACACCAAAGAGCUGCUCCAAUGGAGACAUGCUGCCCGGCUACAUUGACACAGUGACACAUAUCUGACUUAUAGUGGUAACAUAUGUUUAUACAUGACCGGUAGAAAAUGUUUCCCAUUUGUUGUCUCUAAACACCUUUUGUCAUCCUUAGAUUACCCUCUAGAUUGCGCUUGAGGGAGCGGCCCUUUGCCCACCUUUAAUUUCGCCUCCUCCUUUAACCUUGAUGGUGGUUUGUUGUUAAGAGAAACUUGUGUGAUCAGGUUUAAAGCUGUAUUGGUGAUGAUAAGAAGGCUCACCGCUAUACAAGUUAAGGAGGUGACGCGAAACACAGUCUGGGAAGGCAGCAAAAUAUUAACACAUAAAAUACCUCAAGGAGGAAUAAAAUGAAGAAUUUAUUAUUAUUAUUCAUAUUUUUAUCAAUAAUGGUAGUUUAUACUUGGGAUUUUUAGCUCAAAACCUUAGCUUAAUACUUUGUUGUGAUUUGGAAAUCCAAAUAGAAUAUCUUUUAAAUACAUGAGGUAUUGUCACGAAUGUACAAUCAACAGUAUACUUUGUCACUUUUACAAAAUAUUAUUUUAUGAUGUACUGUACCUUUAUCAGUGAGUGUGACUUAUCCAUUACCUUUUAAAAUGGAGGAUGAGUACUUUCUCUGCUAUAUUUGCUUCAACUUGUGAUGGCAUUAAGUUGAAUUACAUGGCAGAAAGGAAACUGACUUUUUUUUAGUGGGCAUGAUGGAAUGACAAGCAACUUCUCCUGUUCAAUCAACAUUGGUCGUGACAUGAAAAGCCUGUCUUUGAAUUCUGUAAUGGUAACAAGCAGUUAAACUCGUAUUCUCACAGGGAAACGUAGUCUGGGUGCUCCACCUCUGAUGUUGAUUACAGCUUUUACUGUAUCUUCAUAUCUUCUCUAUACAGCGGCAGCUGUGGCUCAGCGCCCAUUGUUGUAUGAAUGUGUGUGUGAACGGGGUGACUUUGAGGCUUUGUGAAGCGCUUUGGGCACUGUGAUGGUGUAGUUAAAGCGCUAUAUAAAGGCAGUCCAUUUACCAUUUUCCACUGAGACAACUCCCUGGGAAACAAAGUGUAUAUGUUGCUAAUAUCACGAGAUCAGCCUCAGUUCACCUGAAAAUACACUUGCAGCAUUAACUACUUCACCAACCGGCUUCACGGGAGACAGAAAGAAGUGCAACUGAGGAAGCAUACGCAAAGACAAGGAAAAUGUUGUUCAUAUUGCAUUUCAUGAUAUGUGCUCAUAUCAAAUUCAAUGCAAUGCUUAAUCAAAUUUGGCUUUUUGUUUUUAAAUCCUUCACAUCUUUUAUUGUUCUGUCAAGAUUUUUGGGAGUAGGGUUCUAAAUGAUGCUACUUAAUUUGUGACUUUCA